AUGGCAAGCCUGCUGUCACUGCUCCUGGGAAAGGGCUGCGACUCCAACCUGGAUACCUACGGUUUUCUGGCCUGGGUGGUGCUGGUGCUCUGCUGCUUCGACCUCCUGGCCCGGCUGAAGCUGUGCCGAGAGUGCUCGGAUCUCGCGGCAAAAAGGCUUUCACCGGAAAUGGCGCGGGUGACAGUGCUCGCUGCG